AUGAAUGAAAAUAUUUCUAGCGCAACUGUGACGCGCGAUCACAAUGAUUCUGAAGAUGUUUUAUGUUUAAGAAGUCUUUCAAGAUAUCAACUUGCAACAAUUGCAGAAGAUACUUUGAACAAACUCAAAGCUGGUUGGUACCGUCCAUCUAAUGGUCCUCGGAUUAGUCUAGCAGAAGAUGUCGCGUUUUCUAUGGAGAACAGUGUAGUUUACACAGAAGAUGAUAUUAUAAAAAAAAAGAAACUAAUCUUAAAUAUCGAUGAAACGAGUCCAACAUCAUUCGCAAUAGCUACAUCUUCGUAUCCAGAGAUUGAAGUUCGUCAUUGUACAACUCUACAAGCAGCUCAGUCAUUAGUUGCUGAGAUAGCGGAAGAUCGUGUUGGAAUAUUAAAUUUUGCAUCAGCUAAAAAUCCAGGAGGAGGUUUCAUAAAAGGUUCCAAUGCACAAGAAGAAUCACUUGCAAGAUCUUCAUCACUUUAUUCAAUAUUUACUCAAACUAGAAUUUUUAAUGAAUUUUAUGAUUAUAAUCGACGUGGUAAACGUGGUAUCUACAGUCAUCGAAUCAUUUAUUCACCAAGAGUAACUAUUUUCAAAGAUGAUAAUGGAAAAUUAUUAUCUUCUCCAUAUCAUGUUGGUAUUGUAACAGUUCCUGCUCCUAACGCUAGUGUUGUCCGUCAAACAGAACUAGUCAAAAGUACAAUGAUGGAACGUAUUAGACGUUUAUUAUACGUUUUCGAAGCUAACAAACACGAUACUCUUGUAUUAGGAGCGUUUGGUUGUGGUGUUUUUAAAAACAAUCCAUUAGACGUUGCAAUUAUGUUUCGACAACAUUUAGAAUCGGAUGAGUUCAAGAACUCUUUUAAACGAAUCAUCUUUGCAGUUUUGAAUGAGGAUAUGUAUCAAAUAUUCAAGGAAGUGUUCACUAGUACUGAUUUAAGUCAUAUACAGCAUGAAACUAUGAGCAUAUAUCUGGAUGAUAAUAAUGAUGAACAACGUCCAUACGGUAACCAAAAGCAACAAUACAAGAACAGAACAAAGGAAAGACGAAAACGAAACAAUGACUUUAAACAAUCUUAUGAUAAAAACUAUAACGAUUUUCAUAAUUAUGAAGAUGAGAAUGAAUGA